AUGUCUAAGACUCAAUGUAUCGGUAAAACUGAAAAUUCUUUAGAGAAAGCAGAAGAGCAAGGUGAUAUCCUACAAGCUGAUGGACUAGCAAAAGAUGCAGAUCUUGAUUCUACUUAUGAUUCAGUCGAAUCAUCACUUAUUAUACAAGAAUCUGAAAGGGGUACUGAAGAUGAGAAUGCUCAGAACCAUACGGAAGCAAAAUCUGAUGGUGUAGAUACAGAAGCAGAUAUUGAGGUAGAAAAUGUGGAUUCCCCUCCUCUGGCUGGAGCGAAUGCCAUGAAUGUAAUAGUAGUUUCCGCGGAAUGUGCUCCUUGGUCAAAGACAGGAGGGCUUGGAGAUGUAGCUGGGACUCUGCCAAAAGCUUUGGCUAGGAGAGGGCACCGGGUUAUGGUUGUUUCCCCAUGGUAUGCCAAUUAUCCUGAAUCCAAAGAUAUAGGUGUUCGCAAAUAUUACAAAGCUGAUGGGCAGGAUCUGGAAGUAAAUUAUUUUCAUGCUUAUAUUGAUCGUGUGGAUUUUGUAUUUAUCGACAGUCCAGUUUUCCAUCAUCUAGAGAACAACAUUUAUGGGGGAGACCGGCUGGAAAUCUUGAAACGGAUGGUAUUGUUAUGCAAGGUAGCUGUAGAGGUUCCGUGGCAUGUUCCAUGUGGCGGCUUAUGCUAUGGAGACGGAAAUUUAAUUUUCAUUGCGAACGAUUGGCACACAUCACUUCUGCCUGUGUAUCUGAAAGCAUGCUACCGCGACAAUGGCUUGAUGAAGUAUGCCAGGUCCAUCUUGGUGAUCCACAACAUAUCUCACCAGGGGCGUGGUCCAGUUGAGGACUUCUUCCAUGUCGACUUGCCCGAUCAACACAUGGACCUCUUCAAGCUGUAUGAGCCGAUGGGAGGUGACCACUUCAACAUCUUCGCGGCCGGCCUCAAGACUGCUGACCGCGUGAUCACCGUCAGCCGUGGCUACGCAUGGGAGCUCACAACAUCCGAAGGUGGGUGGGGACUCCAUGAGAUCAUAAACGAGAACAACUGGAAGUUCCAAGGCAUCGUCAACGGGAUCGACACAGUGGACUGGAACCCUGAGCUGGAUCUUCACCUGCAAUCCGAUGGCUACAGAAACUAUUCCAUUGAGACUCUGCAAUCCGGGAAACCACAGUGCAAGGCGGCGCUGCAGAAGGAGCUCGGCCUCCCUGUCCGCGAGGACGUCCCCCUCAUCGGAUUCAUCGGCCGGCUGGAUCACCAGAAGGGCGUCGACCUCGUUGCGGGUGCGAUGCCUUGGAUCGUCGGGCAGGACGCGCAGCUGGUGAUGCUGGGCACCGGACGGGCCGACCUGGAGGAGAUGCUGCGCAAGUUCGACAGGGAGCACCACAACAAGGUGAGGGCGUGGGUGGGGUUCUCGGUGAAGAUGGCGCACAGGAUCACCGCAGGGGCGGACGUCCUGCUCAUGCCAUCGCGGUUCGAGCCCUGCGGGCUGAACCAGCUGUACGCCAUGAAGUACGGCACGGUCCCGGUGGUGCACGCCGUUGGCGGGCUUCGUGACACGGUGAUCCCGUUCGAUCCCUUCAGGGAGAGCGGGUUCGGGUGGACGUUCGACCGGGCGGAGGCCAACAAGCUGAUCAAUGCGCUGGGGAACUGCCUCAACACCUACAGGAACCAGAAGGAGAAUUGGAAGGGCCUGCAGACGCGAGGGAUGGCACAGGACCUGAGCUGGGACAACGCCGCCAAACAUUACGAGGAAGUCCUCGUCUCAGCUAAGUAUCAGUGGUGAUCUUUGAGAACAUGAACGAACAGUAUCUAUCUCAGCUAUCUGAUGAUCCAAUCCGGAUCUCUCUUCAACGAACCUGCAAAGAUUCGUCUAAGUAUUGUGUGCGUCCGUUUGAUUGAUGGCAUCAACAU